AUGGAAGUCCAUAAACUCCUCUCUCUGCGAUUUGUCUUCUUGUCCCUGCUUUUUAUUCACCCAGCGUGGGCUCAGUUUCCAAGAGAGUGUGCCACCAUUGAGGCUUUGAGAAAUGGUGUGUGUUGCCCGGACCUGUUCCCCGUGUCUGGGCCUGGGACUGACCGCUGUGGCUCCUCAUCGGGGAGAGGCAGGUGUGAGGCAGUGACUGCAGACUCCCAACCCCACGGCCCCCAGUACCCGCACGAUGGCCGAGAUGAUAGGGAAGGCUGGCCCACACGGUUCUUCAAUUGGACGUGUCACUGCAAUGGCAACUUCUCAGGACACAACUGCGGGGCUUGCCGCCCUGGAUGGAGAGGAACUGCUUGUGACCAGAGGGUUGUCGUAGUCAGGAGAAACAUUCUGGACUUAAGUACAGAAGAAAAGAAAUACUUUAUCCAGGCCCUGGAUAUGGCAAAGCGUACAAUUCACCCUCAGUUUGUCAUUGCCACCAGGAGAUCAGAAGAAAUAUUUGGGCCAGAUGGCAACACACCACAAUUUGAGAACACUUCCAUUUAUAACUACUUUGUUUGGAUACACUAUUAUUCAGUCAAAAAGACUUUCCUUGGGGGAGGACAGGAAAGCUUUGGUGACGUGGAUUUCUCCCAUGAAGGACCAGCUUUCCUCACGUGGCACAGGUACCAUCUACUGCAGUUGGAGAGAGACAUGCAGGAAAUGUUGCAGAAUCCUUCUUUCUCCCUUCCCUACUGGAAUUUUGCAACUGGAAAAAAUGUCUGUGACAUCUGCACCGAUGACUUGAUGGGAUCGAGAAGCAACUUUGAUUCCACUCUUAUAAGCCCGAACUCCAUCUUUUCUCAAUGGCGAAUAGUCUGUGAAUCCUUGGAAGACUACGAUACCCUAGGAACCCUUUGCAACAGCACUGAGGGCGGGCCAGUUAGAAGAAAUCCGGCUGGAAAUGUGGCCAGACCAAUAGUGCAACGCCUUCCCAAACCACAGGAUGUUGUCCAGUGCUUGGAAGUUGCUGUAUUUGACACACCUCCUUUUUAUUCCAAUUCUGCAAACAGUUUCCGAAACACAGUGGAAGGUUACAGUGAUCCCACAGGAAGAUAUGACCCUGCUGUCCGAAGCCUUCACAAUUUGGCUCAUCUAUUCCUGAACGGAACAGGGGGACAAACCCAUUUAUCUCCAAAUGAUCCUAUUUUUGUCCUUCUGCAUACUUUCACUGAUGCGGUCUUUGAUGAAUGGCUGAGGAGAUAUAAUGCUGAUAUAUCCACCUUUCCAUUGAGAAAUGCUCCCAUUGGACAUAAUAGACAGUACAAUAUGGUGCCAUUCUGGCCUCCAAUUACCAACACAGAAAUGUUUGUUACUGCUCCAGACAACCUGGGAUAUACUUACGAAAUUCAAUGGCCACGUCGGGAUUUUAGUAUUUCUGAGAUUACUACCAUAGCAGUUGUUGCUGCCUUACUACUGGUUGCAGUCAUUUUUGUGGGUGCUACUUGUCUUAUCCGUGCCAGGAGCAACAUGGAUGAAGCAAAUCAACCUCUCCUCACUGACCAGUAUCGACACUAUGCUGAAGAAUAUGAAAAAAUCCAUACUCCUAAUCAGUCUAUGGUCUAA